GAACCGACCAUGUUGAAGUUGCUAGUGAUCUGUGUUGUUGUUGCCGGUGGUGCGAUGGCCAUCGGCGAUGUGUCGCAGAAGUCGCAUCCCAAUUCCCGUAUUACCGGUGGUGAACUUACCGAUCCUCGUGCCGUUCCCUUCAUCGUUGGUAUUUUAAUUUCCGGCUCAUCGGCUCAUUCGUUCUGUGGCGGCAUUCUGAUUUCUCCAACGCACGUCCUCACGACAGCCAGUUGUGUAUCGAGCAACCCAACUCUGACGGUACUUCUAGGCGCUAGCGAUAUGACUCGGAUCCAAGAGUUUAUCGGUGUGGCCAAUAUUCUGGUCCAUCCCAACUAUAGCUCGUUGUUGAAUCGGGACGAUCUAGCCAUUCUGACGAUGGAUCGACCAACUCCGUUGAACGAAUACAUUCAGGUGGCUAACCUGCCACGCUGGUCGCAUAUGGGCAAUUCCUUUAACGGAUUCGGGACCACGAUCAGUGGCUGGGGAAAUACGGGAAAUCGUGACAACGAGCCCAUUCCGAUUCCGAACCUCCAUUACAUCCGAACGCCGGUGAUCAGCAACACUGUGUGUGGAUUGUCUCACAACUUCAUUCGUGAUGAUCAUAUCUGCACCUCCGGAGACAUCGGAGGUCCUUGCAAUGGUGACGAUGGAGGUCCCGUAACGAUAACGGAAGCCGGUGAAUCGAUCGUGAUCGGAAUGCAUUCGUUCCACUACAGCGGGCUGUUUGGGUGCGAUCGUGGCCGUUCCGCAGUACAUGUGCGUCUUAGCAAUUAUCUCAACUGGAUUGACGGGCACUCGGACGCAGUAAUCAGACCAUAA